GGACAGUCACAAUGUCUCGUCUUUGUUUGAUCUCCCUGCUGUCUCUGGCUGCUGCAUCAUUGGGUGCAGCUGAAGGGCACCCAAGGUUCUCUUUCAACAAGCGACAGCUACCAGCGGACGCAACUGGUGUCAAGAAAUUCAAGACUCCCAAUGGUGUGACCAUCCGAUACAAGGAGCCUGGUAAAGAGGGUGUCUGUGAGACGACCCCUGGUGUCAACUCUUACUCUGGAUACGUUGAUCUAUCGCCUGAGUCUCACACCUUCUUUUACUUCUUCGAAGCUCGUCAUGACCCGGCAAACGCUCCUAUCACUCUGUGGCUGAAUGGUGGCCCCGGAAGUGAUUCGCUUAUCGGGCUUUUUGAAGAACUGGGACCGUGCGCUAUCAGCGAGAACCUGACGACCUACGUCAACCCAUACUCGUGGAAUGAAGUCUCCAACCUUUUGUUCAUCUCGCAGCCAUUGGGAGUCGGAUUUUCGUAUGCGGAAACAGAGGAAGGGUCGCUCAAUCCCGUCACCGGUGUGGUCGAGGAUAGUUCUUUCGCUGGCGUCCAGGGUCGCUAUCCCAAAAUCAACGCUACCCUGACCGAUACCACCGAGCUCGCCGCGAAGGCCACUUGGGAAGUCGUGCAGGGCUUUCUCGGUGGUCUACCUCAGUUGGACAGCACUAUCAAGUCCAAAGACUUUAAUUUAUGGACUGAGAGUUACGGAGGACACUACGGUCCCGCAUUCUUCAAUCACUUUUACGAGCAGAACCAAAAAAUUCGCAACGGAACCAUUGAUGGUAUCGAGCUCAACUUCAACUCACUGGGAAUUAUCAAUGGUAUCAUCGAUGAGGGGAUUCAGGCACCUUUCUACCCUGAGUUUGCGGUGCACAACACCUACGGCAUCAAAGCCGUUAACGAGACAGUCUACAACUACAUGAAAUUUGCCAACGAGAUGGGCAACGGAUGCCAGGAUCAGAUUGCCCUCUGCAAAGCAACAAACCGUUCUUCUUUUGCCGACUAUGCUCUCUGCUCGGAGGCAACUAACAUGUGCAGAGAUAACGUUGAGGGACCCUACUACAGCUACGGCAACCGCGGCGUCUAUGACAUUCGCCACCCGUACAAUGAAAAGGACCCAACACCCCCGAACCUCUUCGUCCCCUUCCUCCAGCAAGACUGGGUCAUGAAUGCUCUUGGCGUGAACAUCAACUACACCUCUUCCAAUAACGAAAUUUACUAUGCCUUCCAGCAAACCGGUGAUUUCGUUUGGCCCAACUUCAUCGAGGAUCUCGAGGAAAUCCUCACCUACCCAGUCCGCGUCAGUCUGAUCUAUGGCGACGCAGACUACAUCUGCAACUGGUUCGGAGGCCAAGCCGUCUCCCUCGCCGUCAAGUACCCGCAUUCCAAGCAGUUCCAGGCCGCCGGAUACACGCCUCUUCUUGUUGAUGGCGUGGAGUACGGAGAGACUCGAGAGUAUGGCAAUUUCUCCUUCUCCCGUGUCUAUGAGGCCGGCCACGAGGUUCCUUACUAUCAGCCUGCUGCGUCGCUGCAGCUUUUUAACCGCACUUUGUUUGGGUGGGAUAUUGCUGAGGGCAAGGUUCAGACCUGGCCGGGCUAUUCCACGAACGGAACCGCAUGGCCGACGCACACUGAAUCGUUUGUGCCAUUGCCCACAGCUACGCCUAGCAAGGGUCUCUUUUGAAUUACUGAGAUUCUGAUGAUAAAGUGAAAGGGCGUAUGAUUGUAUAUGCU